ACGAUAAAAGUAUGGACGAUAUAAUUGUCGAUUCUAAAGAAGAGCUUAAAGUGAUUUCAACUGACACGGUGGACAGUCGGAAGAAAAUAAGAAAAAAACGAAAUGUUACGGACAUUGAAAUAGAAGAAAACUUUGAAGAGAAUUAUGUGACCAAGAAAAAUGUUGCAGAAGGAAUGAUGGACUUAGCACUUUUAAGUGCUAAUUCAAACCAACUGCGCUUCAUUCUCACCUACAACACAGAAUCAUCAACCUUUUACAUAAGUUUGGGUUUGAUAAUCUUAUCACUAGCUCUGCAAGUUUCUGUUGGAAUUGCACUUAUUUUGAAGCGAAAAAGUGCAAACAAGUCUCGAGUCAUACGAACAAAUCAGUUUCUAGUUGCUGGAAUCUUCAUCAUAACCUUUGUAAAUGUUUUGAUAGCUGCUUUCACAACAACAGGAACAAGUGAUAAAACGGACACAAAUUGAAGGUUGAAAAUUGUG